UCAUUACAACCGAACUGGCCACAACAGCUGUACGAAAUAAACUACAACUAAAUACAAUACUGUACUUGUGAGUAUCUUAACAAGCUUUAGAGGACCUAGAGGACCGAGGAACGAGAAUCGUACCCUUCUUUUCUACUUUUUCGGCUCUUUUCAUCCAAUUAUUUCCGUUCUUUUAAGAAGAAAAAACCGAAAAUGCAAAACGGAAGUAUGGACCGACUGUGGAUUUUUUCAAAGAACGCGAUGAAGAUCUACCAGACAAACGUUCUUGGAGAAACCCUGCACUCCACUGACGUCGAGGCUGACUGGCAAGUGGCGGGAAUCUGCGUAACGCGCGAAGAAGAACUUCUCAUCUGUUGCAAGGGUGACCAAACGAUUAAGAAAUGUACAAAAGAUUGCUCAGUCGUCGAUUUGAUCAAUCUGGCUCCUCUUAGACCAAUAUCUAUCUCGACUUCAUGGUCAACUGGAGAAAUACUCGUUGGUGCCAUCGACAGUUCUAUUUCUGACGAUGAAGCAUUCAGUUCUGGGUCGGGACGAAGGGUCGUUUUCAAAUACACCAGCUCUGGUGAAAAGACGGUCGAAAUACAGUUCGAGUCUCUUGGUGUCCCCCUGUUCACAGUUCCUUGGAAAAUUCAAGUUGGGACGAACGGUGACAUUGCCGUCUGCAAUAUGAAGAGUGAAAGAGAAGGAGAGGUGGUUCUCCUGGAUAAAUACGGUCGACUCAAGUUCCGUUACGACAGCAAGGAAUCCCAGAUAGGCGAUGACGUCAGCGAGGUGAAGUUCUGCCCCGUAGGACUGUGUUUCGAUGACAAAAAUAACCUUGUAGUGAGUGAAGUCCAUUCAUACUCCGUGCAACUCAUUGACCUUAAUGGCAAAUUUAAAGGUACCCUGUACAGAAACAAAAGAAACCCUCCAACAGAUAUCGUGAGAUGCUCUAAUGGGGAUCUGAUGGUGGGCUGUUCUAGCGGCAAAGUGCACGUUUUGAAAAGUAAUGAGUGAUCUGACCAUAUUGCCAUUUCAUACAGGGUCUUCUAAAAAACAAUACAAUUGUCUUUUUUAUUUUGUUACUUAUACAAUUUUUAUACUUUCUUAUUACAUAUUUAUAUACACAUUUCAAUAAAAUGUCAGCGAUGCUUGUCUUAAAA